AUAAGACUUCACAUCAGUAGAACAGUCCAAUGGAUUUCAUUGGGAACAACAGAGGCUUGCUCGAACGACAACAUAUUUAGGACACUAAAUACUGUUAACACUGUUUGUCCAGCAACCGUCCCUCCUUUUUUGGCUCAAACUCAACCGGAGGCACUGGAUCGGCUUCGGAGGACCAGAAAGAGGAGUUUGAGGAACAGUAGGAGACUGAAGCGGAGGAUCUGGGUGGCCAUGAGAACCACCAGGCGGGCCAGCACCAUGGAGGUGCCCUCGUUCCUGCGGCAGCUGGUGAAGGAAACCGAGAAGAUGGUGACCUUCUUCUUCAAGGGUGGCAGACGCGAGCCGGGAGCUGAUGAUGAGUACUUUGAAAACGAAGAGGAUGUGGGCAGACCCUACUUAGAAAGGCCCGUUUUGGAGAAAGAUACGGCAGAAGGCGGGUCGAAAUGGGGCGUUAACUACGGCAUGGCCAGUAUGCAGGGCUGGCGAGCCCAGAUGGAGGAUUCCCACACCUGCAUGCCAGAGAUGACCGAUGCCUUGCCAAACUGGAACUAUUUUGCCGUGUACGAUGGACAUGCGGGGAGAACGGUGGCUCAGUACUGCUCCAGACACCUGCUGGAUUUCAUUCUCGACACAGGCUGUGUGACUGUGGAUGAGGAUGUAGACCAGGUCAAAGACGGCAUCAGAGAUGGCUUCCUCAACAUAGACCGCCACAUGCACACUCUGGCCCACAACGAAACCUGGGACCACAGCGGGUUGACAGCAACCGCUGUCAUGAUGUCUCCACGAAACAUCUACUUCAUCAACUGCGGCGAUUCACGGACCUUCCUUUGCCGCGACGGCCAGAUGGUCUUCUACACGGAGGACCACAAACCUAUCAACCCACGUGAGAAAGAACGCAUCCAGAACGCUGGCGGCUCCGUCACUCUGCAGCGCAUCAAUGGCUCGCUGGCCGUGUCCCGCGCCCUUGGCGACUUCGACUUUAAGGAGGUGGAAUGGAGGACUCAGACCGAACAGCUGGUGUCUCCUGAACCAGAGGUGUACGAGCUGGAGCGAAGCCCAGAAGAUGAGUUCCUGGUGGUGGCGUGUGAUGGCGUCUGGGACGCCAUCGGGAAUGAGGAGCUGUGUGAGUUUGUGCGCAACCGUCUGCAGGUCUGUGAUGAUCUGAGGGAGAUCUGCUCACAGGUCAUUGACCUCUGCCUCUAUAAGGGAAGUUUAGACAACAUCAGCAUUAUCAUUAUCUGCUUCGACGGCGCCCCCAAGGUGACCCCAGAGGCACUGCAACAGGAGGCAGAGUUAGAGCACGUCAUUGAGCAAAAAGUGGCAGAGAUCAUUAACGUGAUCAGAUCUAGAGACCAGGAACCUGACCUGCUCUAUGUGAUGAAAUUCCUGGCAUCUGAAGAUAUUCCCGGCCUCCCACCAAGUGGAGGAAUCUCAUGCAAGAAAGAUUGCAUAAUUGGCGCAUAUCAGAAAUAUGCAGCAGCCUUUAGAUCUCUUGAGCCGAUGGAUAUUGGCGGCUCUGAUGACUCCACCUAGUGGCCAUUAUGUUGGAGAUGGAAUCAAGCCUUGAAUCUCUGUAGACGUAAUAAUCAAUGUGAGGAGGACAUUUGUGCCACCUGCUUUACAGAGGUCAAAUUGUUUAGCCAAACUAUUUCUUUUUUAAAUCAAUGUUGUGUAUUGUAAACAUACAAACAGAAAUAGGAGGAAGAGGAUGAUUUAUCAUAUGCUUUCAUGAAGGUAAGGCAUUUAACACUGACGCUAUGUAAAGCGUUUUAUGGAAGACAGAAAGUUUUUACUUUACUUAAAGGUGAAGUGUGGAACUGAUGUGUCACCAAAUGGAAUUGUAAGUGUUUUUGAUUAAGGAUUUCAAGGACACAUGAAAAUUUCUCAUUUACAAUAAACACUCCAUUUAAAAAAAUGUGCCACAGAGCUGAAGUUUUUAGCAAAAAUUAAAUUAAAUUAAUACUUGAUUAUCUAUCCACUUGCAUGGGAUAAAAGAAAGCAAGCCCACUGAAUUACACCAAAUUGCACAAAUCACCUUUAAAUAAAUGUGCAUUGUUAGCUUUUUAAGUAACACUUUUCUAAAUGUAUUUAAAUAAAUAAUUUUAUGUAAUAUUACAGUUAUAGGUUGUUUCAUGACUGACUUCACGAAUGACCCAAGAUUUACUUAUUUAAGACUCAAUCAAUGUAUAAUUUGUAUAAGUGUAUUAUAAAUGUUUCUUUUAUUUGAUUAUAGAUGUUAAGCUCUCUUUACCUACAGAGAGUUUAGAUUUAUAUAACCAAACUUGCACAAUAUAUUAAAAUUAACAUCUGUAA